UUCCUUUUAUAAUCAUAUUUUUUUCUACUAUGAAUUCACACCUCACUUUUGGGUAGCUUCCUUUUUUUUAUAAUACUAUGAAGAUGUUUUGUAUGUAACAUUUAGUUUCCUUCUUUUAUAGGAUUUUAUAUCAUUGCUAAAAAUCAGUGAUGUGAAAAGACCUGACAUGGAUGAAAUUGCUGAUAGGAUGAGAAUGGAUGCUGGAGAAAUAACUUUAGUGAACCAUAACUCCAUAUGCAAAACCCAUCUCCUGUCACAAACAGGUUUUCCAGAGGACCAGCUUUCACUUUCUGACCAUCAGAUUUUACCUUCCAGACAAGGAAAUUUGGACCCAUCUUUUACAUGUUCCACAAGAAGUGCAGCUUAUAAUCCAAAUUACUAUUCAGACAACCCUUCCUCAGAGAGUUUCCUCGGCUCAGAAGACUUAAGAAACUUUGGUAAGAGUGCAAAUGGCCAGUGGAGAAAUUCCACUCCAGCAUCUGGAUCAGCUUUGCAAAAAUCAAGAAACAGCCGAAGUCUUUACCUCGAAAACCGAAAGACCUCUGGUGGAUUGGCAAACACUUUUGCGGGGAAGUCAAACCAUCAUUGCCAUGUGUCUGCAUAUGAAAAAUCUUUUCCUAUUAAGCCAGUUCCAAGUCCAUCCUGGAGUGGUUCAUGUCGUAGAAGCCUUUUGAGCCCCAAGAAAACUCAGAGGCGACAUAUUAGUACGGCAGAAGAGACUGUUCAAGAAGAAGAAAAAGAAAUUUACAGACAGCUACUGCAGAUGGUCACAGGCAAACAGUUCUCUGUAGCCAAACCCACCACACAUUUUCCUUUGCACUUGUCUCGAUGUCUUGGUACUGGUCGAAAUUCUUCGAAAGAUCCACUCUUUAAAAAUGGCAAUUCUUACGCUUCUCAAAUCCCUGGUUCUGAUACUUCGUCGUCUGGGUCUGCCAGCCUUUUAACUCCCCGGGAACAACUGUCCCACAAUGUGUUUUCCAUACCAUCUUGUACCCCAGAUGUUGCUGCAUUUGGAUCCAAAGAUUCUGAUCCUCACCAUCAACCCCAGCAUCACUACUCUGUUUCAGCUCAGCCUGAUAAUUUAUCAGCUUCAAAUACACAGUCUGAAGGAUCAGACUCUGUGAUUUUACUCAAAGUGAAAGAGUCCCAGACUCCAGCUCCCAGCCCAGCUUUUUUCCAUGCAGAGCUGUGGAUCAAAGAAUUAACUAGUGUAUAUGAUUCUCGAGCACGGGAAAGAUUGCGCCAGAUUGAAGAGCAAAAAGCAUUGGCAUUACAGCUUCAAAACCAGAGACUGCAAGAACAAGAAUGUUCAAUACAUGAUUCCGUAGAACUGCAUCUUCGUGUACCUCUUGAAAAGGAGAUUCCUGUCACAGUCCCUCAAGAAACAGAAAAAAAAGGUUAUAGAUUAAAUGAUAGUGAAGAUGAAUUUCCUGAAAUUACAGAGGAAAUGGAGAAGGAGAUAAAGAAUGUAUUUCGAAAUGGGAAUCAGGAUGAAGUUCUGAGUGAAGCGUUUCGCUUGACCAUUACGCGGAAAGAUAUCCAAACUCUCAACCAUCUGAAUUGGCUCAAUGAUGAGAUCAUCAAUUUCUACAUGAAUAUGCUGAUGGAGCGAAGCAAAGAGAAGGGAUUGCCAAGUGUGCAUGCAUUUAACACCUUUUUUUUCACUAAGUUAAAAACGGCUGGUUAUCAAGCAGUGAAACGUUGGACAAAGAAAGUAGAUGUCUUUUCUGUUGAUAUUCUUUUAGUCCCUAUUCAUUUGGGAGUGCACUGGUGUCUUGCUGUUGUGGACUUUAGAAAAAAGAAUAUUACCUAUUAUGAUUCCAUGGGUGGAAUAAACAGUGAGGCCUGCAGGAUCCUCUUGCAGUACUUAAAGCAAGAGAGCAUCGACAAGAAAAGAAAGGAAUUUGACACCAAUGGCUGGCAGCUCUUCAGCAAGAAAAGCCAGGAAAUUCCACAGCAGAUGAAUGGAAGUGACUGCGGGAUGUUCGCCUGCAAAUAUGCUGACUGUAUUACCAAAGACCGACCAAUCAACUUCACACAGCAACAUAUGCCAUACUUCCGGAAGCGGAUGGUAUGGGAGAUCCUCCACAGAAAGCUCUUGUGAAGACUGACUUGGCAGACUCUCACCUUGUCGGGGACCAGCUCUUCGUUGUCGUCAGCCGGAGACCUUGGAAACAGCUGCUCGCAGCCCUCUGUUCUGAUGAAGCCCUUGAUCCUGGACCAGGCCCUGGCAAGAUGCAUUCACAAGCACAUCUGCCUUUCCUUUUGUAUCUCAGAUACUAUUUUUGCAAAGAAACUUCGGUGCUGUGAAAAGGGUGAGGGGCAUCCCUAAGCUGAAGCGAGAGAUUGCUUUUCAGUUCUUCAGUUCUGCCAUCUUGUUUUCCAAGGGCUCCAGCCUCAUUCAUUCUUUAUCAGAGUAUUGGGAGAAGCUGGGAAAGACUCUUGGUUUCAUAUAAACUCUUGUUGUUAGGCCUUACUAAGAGGUAGGGAAGACCCUGGGCAAAAGGUAGGGAGAAAAAACACCAGCAUAUACACGCACAUGUUAAUACACAGAAGAUUUACAAGACGUCUAGCUAGGAGAGGGACUGUAUUUUGGAAGUAGACUGGACUUUGGGCAGAUGCCUAAGUCUCUCCUCUAGGACUUUUUCUGUUUAGGUGCCCCCUGUAAAAUCUGUCUGCUUCUCUGCAAGCUUUUUUUUUUUUAAUUACCUGUAGCUUUUUCUCAUCUGAGGCAUGACACAUGAGCCCUUGGUAUAUCCCAGCCUAAGCAUUCCUUUCCAAAAAAGCAAAGGAAUAUGCACAUAACACAUGACAUGGGACAGAUGCACCUAGGGGGCGGGUGACACGACUUGUCCUGCCACCUAGUUCUGACCAAGAAGGAUGUCAGUCUUCAUUCUGAAAUUCCAACAUUGAAAGAAUGCAAGUCUAGUUUGGUCUGUGGCUGAAAGUAUGCUUCUGACCACAGGAGAAACACACACACACACACACACACACACACACACACACACACAUUUCACAGGGAUAUACUUGUUUUUAAAAGGCUGAAUGUGUUUCACCAUUUUAUUUAGCCUGCACAUUUAUUUUCAUUUUCCAAAUUUAGCUCCAGCACACAGAGCCCAGCCCCUGUAUUUAGGGUGUUUGUGGAUUUUCUUAUGGAAUAUUUUGUGAGGCCUGGAUGAACUUUGGCUUAGGGAUACAAGUUACAGAGGGAGGGGGAAGUUCCAACUGGAAAGCGGGUGGAAUUCGGACUGAUCAGCGUGAGAUUUGAAGAUCUCUCCCUUUUGUUCCUUCUAGCGUCCUUCCCACCCUCAGAGUUCCUCAGGCUAGAUAGUGAAAUGAUCCAAUGCCAGUGUCAUUUUGUACCUGAGUUCCGAAACAGGAACAUUUUCUACUUUUUUCUGUAUUGUAAUAGGUAGUUUUGUAUAAAAUCUUUUCUCCUUCCCUUGUACCCCCGUCCUUUACAGCGUUGUGCUUUAAAAAUCCCUGGGCUUAUUUGACAAUUUUGCUCUGUUUUAUACCAAGCUUGUUUAGUACAUUUUUCUAUGUUUUACCACAGGUUACAAUUUGAAAAAGAAAACUAUUUUUUUUAAAUAUUCCAUUGUUAAUUGAAUGUUAAUGUUUCCACUCCAGCAACCAGAUGUGUCCUACCUUUUUCGUAAUUGCCUGCGUGAAUGUGGGGAAGACUAC